GUGAAGAGAAUGAAUUGUUAAUAAUUGACUUACAACAAGGAUAUCAUCGUGUCAAUUACGAACCUCAAAACUGGCAAAUCAUUGCCAAAUAUUUGAACUCUAGAAACUAUGCAAAUCCAGGCAUAAAUGUUCAUAAUCGUGCUCAAUUAAUCGAUGACGCGUUUUAUUUCUUUUCGAUGCAACAACUCGAUAUGUAUUCAUUUUUGGAACUUAUAAAAUUCUUAUCGCAAGAGACAAAUUAUGUGGUAUGGUAUCCUAUGAUCAAAGCUCUUGAAAGUAUGUCAAAAUUAUUUCCAAUUUACAAUUCAGAGGAAAAUACCAAAUUUGGCCAUUUAGGCCAUUUCAAGGAAAACAUACUGAAAAUAUUGAAUGAUGUUCUUGAACGCAUUGGAUACAAAGAACAUUCUAAAGAAGACGAUCUUAUUAAAUGUUUAAGACAAGAAGUCGCCAAAUGGGCAUGUACUCUCGAGCAUCUCAAAUGCCUACAAAUGGCGAAAUAUCAAUUAGAAGAUUAUCUCUUCCAAAAUAAAAAACUUUUACCGUGGUGGAAGGAAUGGACAUACUGUAAAGGUAUACAGACAGAGACAAAUUUAACUGGUGUUUGGAAGACAGUACUUAAAGAAUGGAUAGUAACCUCUGAUAAUAGAAUUUGGGAAUUUCUAACUUGCAUUACACAUCCUAAUUCUAUUAAAGAGUAUUUGGACGAUAAAAAUCUAGAAGUAGCUAUUUCUUGGAAAAAUGUAUCUUUAAAAUUUCGAAACAUUGAUCGUGUUAAUAGAUUUCUUUUCACAAUUACAAAGCAUGCUAUGGACAGUGAAGUACUUGAUUAUAUUUUAAAUAAUUUUGACGAAUUAAAACCCAGAGAAGUCAGUACGGGUGCAGCAUUGAUCACUUUAAUUAAUAAUGUGUAUUCUGAGGUACACCUGCAGAAGAUUAAAGCGUUUGUAGAAGAACGGAUUGUUGCUGCUGAAAAUUUUUUUAAAUGGAAGUUGAUCUCUUCUGAAGAGAUACGUGAAAAGGUGAAAAAGUUCGUAAAUCAACAAAUUGAGUUUAUCUAUUACAAAAUACGAAAACGCGCCAAUGAAAUCCAUUCCUUUACAAUGACUAAUCGUUAAAUAAUUGUUCUAUAAAAUAUAUAUGUAGUAUAAAAUGUACU